AAUGAAGCGAUGCUUCCGUUGUUUUGGUUUGAAAGGAAGAUCACACUGGGACACAGCCAUGCUGAUUUUCGUGCUCGUUUAUUUGUCCUUACCAGCAAAAACCCAGCCAGAAGAGGAUGGUGUCUUGUUUGAAAUCAAAGAAAACGUUUUUAAAUUUGAUGGAAACUCUAUUUGGCAGGGAAAAGCAAACUCUUUAUUGAGCUGUUCCCGGACAUGUGCGAGUCAAUCAGCUUGUAAACGGGUUAUUUUUGAAGGAAGCAAAGGAACAUGCUUGCUUCUCGGUGAAGGUCAAACACACUUGGCAAAUACGCUUGUUAAACAAGAUGGAACCUUUUAUUUGAAAAAGAUCACCUCAACAGGAGUUUACAGUUUAUUGGGUACCUCUAAAUCGGCAGCAAUUGCCUCGUGCCAGGCCCUUCAUAGCCAAUCUCAGUCGGGUGUUUAUUGGAUUGAUCCUGACGGUGGAUCCCACACAAACGCCUUCAGAGCGUAUUGUGACAUGAAAACCGAUGGAGGAGGCUGGACUCUAGUGUGGAGCUACUCCUUCACUAAUAACGUAGAUUUUACAGCUCAUUCAAAUGCAGUGACACCGAGACCCAACUGGCAAGUGACCCCUGAAGUGAAUGUCCCUAUAUCAACAACUCCUCCUUUAAAUGAAACAAACUUCAACGCCAUGAAUUUCUCGCUCUGGAAACUACUCGGCAGACAAAUCCUUAUCAAGAGCAACAUAAAUAACUGGCUGGUGUGUCAUCCAGGAACUGGAAGUUUGGUUGAUUGGCAAGAAGGGGAAGUCAGCUGUAAGGUAGUGAAACACGUGACUAACACCUGUACAAGUGCUUUGGCACCUUCCAAAAUAUCCCCAAGUAAAGGUUAUGGACCAAAACUUUACAGAGAUAGUGAAUGGUACAGCCUUUACUAUUACUUCGAUGGAUACACUGGCAAAGACUGGCCGUCUCACGAUCCUUGUGGUACGAGCAAGAGCAAUCAUUUAAAAAAUGUCGUUAAUCCACGUGGAAAUAUAUAUAUUCGUGCAUAGCGGACUGAGUUAUAGAAUCUAGAUCCUUAGGUAGUGAAAAGACCUCUUGAACUACUUCGACUUAAGUAAACAACACCAAUGACAGCAAUGAUAUUUAAGGGGUAGAUGUGGUCGAUUAGAUUCAAAAGAAUGCGACCUUUGGCUAUCAGGUAGUUUUGGGUGAUAUCGCCGCAGCCGAUGAGGAUCAACUGAAAAUUUAGUAGAGGUUCCGAUCUGUGACCGUUUAAAGAUGUAAAAGCUCGCAUAAUUAAAGUUUGGCUUUAAAGACAGUCAAUAAUCUCAGACGUUGCUCUUCGUCCAUUUCAAAAGUUUUCACGAGUGACUCCUCUUUCUAAUGUUGUAA